CUUCUCCUCUCAUUCUAUUCAUUUUUCUCACACACUCUCUCAGAUCAAAAUGUGUGGUGGUUCUAUCAUAUCUGAUUUCAUAGACGUUGAUACCAAGAAUGUUCCAGAAUCCACCACCCACCACCUCUUCUCUCAGCUCCACACAUUCAACGCCGCCGCUUCUUCCACAAUUCAACCAUCACACCCUACACACAACAAAGCAGUGGAGGAGCCAUGUGAGAAGGUGAAGAACAACAGAGUCGUUGCAGAGAAGGGUGGUGCGCGCGUACGGAAGAAUGCCUACAGAGGAAUCAGGCGAAGGCCGUGGGGCAAGUGGGCUGCGGAAAUAAGGGACCCACGCAAGGGCGUUCGCGUGUGGCUCGGCACCUUCGCCACCGCGGAAGAAGCCGCACACGCCUACGACACCGCCGCCGUACGCAUCCGCGGAGACAAGGCCAAGCUCAACUUCCCCGACCAUCACCGCCACCCAUCCAAUACCAACAACAACAACCCAUGUCUCAGCCCCGAGUUGACUCAGUCGUGUUAUCAACCCAGUCUUAAUAACCUCGACCACGACCCUCAACAACUCGCGCAGCAUAUUUCCAACCUGGAAUCGUUUCUUGGUUUGGAGCACGAACAGCUUCCAAUGCAGCCGCUGCCACUUCCCGAGUGGGACCCGCUCCACGACGUCGUUUUGUCCAACCACCACCUCUUCUGUAAAAUUUAAUCUUACAUGCUUUUCUUUGUGUUCCA